UUUCAGAAUUAUGUUGUUUUGUAUUAAAACAUAAACCUUUAAUUUCAGUUAGUUUUAGUUGGGUAUAGCUGCUAAUAUAAUAGUCUAAUACUAGUGUAGUGAAGCUAUAUUAACUUUGGCCAUUUAGUAAAUAUGUUGACUCCUAUUGGACUAUAAAUGUUGUCCAGCAUUUAUAGUUGGACAACAAAUUGGUUACCCAUUUGUCCCGCCAAAUGGGUAACCAAGUUUCAGCAUGCAAGAAAAAAUCAUGUUAAAUAAGUAAAUUGUUAGUAAUAAUUUUAACCACUUUUAUCCUUUAUUUUGGAUCUUGUGUCAGAUUGCAACUAACAUUAAUUCUUAUCCUUGCAAAUAUAAAAGCACUGAUACAGUACCUCGAAAUGGUAUUCUUAUCCCAUUGAACCUUUAUCCAAUUUGUUACAUUACAAACAUAACAUUUUAUGUAUUUAAAAAGGUUUCAUGUGAUAGAUGAAAAUAAAGUAGUGUCUGAUUGUAAAUUGGAAGUUAAAACAUACGUGAAACAAUUGAAAUGAACAGAUGAAAAUUGUGGUAUGCAUUUGUAUUCUGUCAAAGCUUUUGAGAGUCACCUCUUACUGCAAUUACAGUCUCGUUAGUUAUGCUCAUCUAUAAAUUGAAAUGCAGAUAUUGUUUUCAAUGGAAAAUGGCUCAAGGUUAGACAGAUCAGAUUGAAAGUGUCUCCAAGUUCUUUCAAAGUUCUCAAUCAGAAUUUGGUCUGGAUUUUGACUGGGCCUUUAAUGCUUUGAAAUAAACUAUUCUAUUGCAAUUUUGGUAAUAUUAUUGUUGUUCUACUGGAAAUCGAAACCUCUGCCCCCGCCGUUAGUGUUUUCGCAGCCUGCAGCAGUUGUUCUUCUAUGAUUCAACGGCAUUUAGCUCCAUAUCGAUUUACCUACCUGUCAAGUAUUUAUCUGCUAAUUGAAUACCUAGGGUAAUUUACUCAGCAAUAAAUCCCUAAAGUAAAUUUCUCCUUGCGUCACAAUGUGAAAAGUAUACAGAUAUAUUCUCUAACCUUCUCCAAUUAAGUGUAAUUUCAUCACUUUACUUUUCACAUUGGUGUAUGGACCACUUACUAACUGGAAGCUUCCUGUUAUUUUGAAUCAGUCUUUGCCAAGUCAGAUGGUGCCUUUUCACUCAAGAAGUCAAAACGAAUUCAAUGGUUUCAUACAAAAGGAGCAGAGGCUAAUCAAGGAAGCAAUCAGCCAUACAGAAGGAAGCAGAAACUCUUCUGAAAAAGCUGUCUGUCUUGCUGAAGAUACAUAUUAUGAAAGAAAUGAUUUAAUGUCCUUGAAAAAAGUUGCUUCAGUUUGAACAACAAAAACUUCCUUCUUUAGCAGUAAACCUGUGUUUCUGACAUCUGAUGCAGGACAGGCAUAAAUAAAACAGUAUUAGUAUUUUAUUUAAAUGCAUACAUUUAAAUAUAUGCAUUUCAAUUUAAAUUCCUUAUUUAAAUUUAAGGACCUUGAAUUGCAUGUUAUAUUGGCCUUUGACAGUAGAUUACUACAUAAAUUGUGUAUUUGUUUAUAUUCAGUUAAAAUUGUAUAUGCUACUGUAUAAAAUGCACACAACCAUUUAUUUUCACUGUUUGACAUUAAUUUAGUCUUAAUGUUUUCUCUAUUGUGUCAGUUAGGUUUACCAAAGAUAUUUUAUGUAAUUAUUAUCAGAAUAAUGAGUGUUUUUGGUCACUUUCCUGAAGUUCUGUAGGUUACCUACACCCAAACUAUUUAAGAAAGUCCAUAUUAUAAUGACAUGGCUUUCUAAGCCUCUGAUUAAAUAACUGGUUAACACACAACAUCUAAGUUAAGUAGAGGUUUUGCUUGCUUUUGUGUCAUUUAAAAUAAAUGUGACAAGACAGUUAGAAAUGUCAAUGUGAACCUCCUCAAGUCUAGUUCAUUCUUUGGUACAAAUUUCCGAUGCCUGAAUGAACCAUGAUAAUCUGUUCAGGCAAUAUUUGCAAGUACAAACACCAUGGAAAUGUCCAGUCAUCAUACGGUUCAAAACGAUGGAACUGUAUGUGCACCACAAAUUUUGGCACACAAUUUUUGUGGAGACAUACAUUUGGUGCAAGAUUUGUGUAUCCAUCAGACAUGAAGCAACAUCCUUGUGAAGAUUCUGUCUGAAGCUGACAAGAAUGUCAUUUUCCAAAGUGAAACAAAUCCUAUACAGUCAGAGAGGAAGAAGAUUUUUUUUCCCCAAAAAGCAAUUUAAAAAGCCAGAUUCUGGUUUGCAAAUGCACAGAAACCUUAACCUUAUCACGUCCCAUUAUGAAACUGAAGCUCGAGAGCAGAUUUGUGAAAGAUUGUGGACAGACCUAGAAAGCUGUGCUAGCAAAGUGGCUCACAAACUUGACACAUUUUCUGACAGGAAGAAAGAGUUUAGUGUGUUAUAUUGUUACAAAAAAACUAAGGUUGUGUAUGCUUUUUAUACUGUGUAUGUAAAUAUGUUUUCAUUUGUAUGUAUUUACUGUAUAUCAUAGUUGUGUUGAAUAGCCAAAUAUCUUAUAGGCAAGUCAGUAUCUGUCGUUUUUAGGAUGUCACUGUGGUUGAAAACAAAACGGACUUUGACCUGGUCUCCCCCAACAAUCAUUUGUUUGGUUGUGAGAGUCAACCUUCCAACAAGACAGCUGGAAACCCUGGGAGCACAUCUACUCAAUGUGUGACGUGGUGAAAGGUCAUGUGCCACUUUAUAACAGCUAUGGGAAAUAUGUGAUCAGACUUUACUGGAUGGGUUCCUGGAGAAAGAUGACUGUGGAUGAUAACAUGCCAUUUGAUGAGGAGAAUAAUCUUCUUCUCCCUGCCUCUACUUGUCAGUCAGAGAUUUGGCCAAUGCUGUUGGCUAAAGCUCUAAUUAAAAUAGCCUGCACAAUUCCAGUUUUCAGGGUUGGUGGUGAAAUGGGUGAUUUCACCUUUAUCCACUCCCUCACUGGCUGGAUGCCAGUAAUCAGUCCUAUAGCGCCAAAGCACUCAGGGAAAAUAUGGGAUUUCCUUCUAGACACCAUUCCUAAAUUUACACACGAUGAUACGGGUUUGGGAGCGUCGUUCUCUGACAGUGACGAUCAAGCUGGAGGGACAGAUUCCAUUCCUCAUGACAAUAAGAGUCUGGUCCAGGAGACAGAAAAAAGCACAGAUAAAUCCAGGAGAGCCUCCAUCUAUUCUUACUUGGCUGAUCCAGGUCCUCUAAAAGUUGCAGUAUGUGCCAGCUUCUACCCUUCUCUACAAGAUUCUUUUGGGCUUGUUCAAACGGCAACUUCCUCAGAGCUUUUACGGUUUUAUGGUUUGUCGAUGCUGCACAGCCAUGUUGUCCUGUUGACCAAAACCCGUUCAUGUUCGCUGACACCUCCUCCCAAAGCUAAGAUGGUAUCCCGAUGGAAACUCAUCCGUCUGCGCAAGAAGAUAGUAGUCACUUCUGAGCCUCAAAAAGAAGGCAGUUCCUUAUCCCUGAGGGAGUCAUCUCAUAUGAAGAUCUUAAGGGAGGAAUGCAGUACCUUAGCCCUGAAGAAAACACCUAAAAUAAAGUUCAUAAAAGAGGAACCUGAGCCAUCACAUGAGAAAUUCAUUGAGGUUACCAGCACUUUUGUUUUUCGCAGUGCCACAAUCACUGGAGGCGUCCCAGAACCUGACAUAAGCAGUGAAUCCUCUGUCCCAGAACCAGAGACCAAGGUGAGCACAAUAAGGAAGCGUUCCCGUAAACCCAGUAUGUUUGCGAUUACUGAGUCAGAGGAGGCAGACAGACAUGAACCUGAAGUAGCUGAGCCAAGCAGCACUGGAGAACUGAAGGUGUCUCCACAGGUUACAGCAGAGGACAAGAUAAAGGACACUGAUCAGAUGUACAUUGAACAACUAUCAAUUAAAGAUCCUACAGUCAAGAACGCCAAACCUCUACUGACCACAUGGGUGGACAUGGAUGACUUUUCAAAAUGUUUUCAGUCAUUGUUGGUCUUUCACAAACCCCAGAUGUACUCUCAACAUAUCCAGAAAUCACAAUUCAAGAGUACUCUCCUCUCAAGAGAUAUGGGUAGUGUCAGCGGCUCUGGAACGUCUUGUCAAUAUCCUAUCAAUAGAUCUGUGGAUAUAGCAAGUGCUGAGUGUUCAGAAGUAAGAGGAACUUACUAUCUUUUUGUCGACUCCCUGGAACCUUCCGAGAUCCUCGUCAGUUUGUCUGCCUUUCUUCACUGGGGAGACACUGGUGAAAAGACAAGUUCUGUUGAGAAAACGUCAUUCGGAAUACACAGGCGUGCAGUGCUUCUUAUUCAACCUCAGUCCUGGACAUGCUUGAAGGCUCAGCUUCCAGUUCUCACUAUCAAGACCACCUUCUCAAAGGCAGCUGUUCUUAGCUUGGCAGCAGGGCGCAAUGUGUUUCGCCUCCACGUACAUGCGACUCUAGCCUACCACAUCCACCUGAGCAGCGAGACUCAAUUCAUGUUAGGAGAUGAAGAAACCAUUAUGCCCAUCCUAGCAAAGGAAAGUGUUCGCUUCAGUGAGCAGGCUUUGGCCAUAUUCAAAGCCUUAUCCUGCGUGGUUGCUUCCUUUUCUGAUGGACAGAAGCUCCCAUCACUCAGAAAGAAUCUGGAAAAUACUUAUUUCCCCAAAAGUAUCUUUUCCAAAACUGGGAGAAGAAAACACCAAAAGCUGUUUAACUUGGCAGUGUGCCACAUGUUUCGUGAGGCCCAGGGCAGAAAGUUGACAUCACAGGAGUACUUUGCACUUCAAGCCCUUACUACCGACCCCUCACUUUGGGCCCCAGUCAUAGAAGCAUCACCUUCUACCCCAAAUACAAAGCGCUCUGAAGUAUGGGGAGACAGGCGGCCAACAGACAAAGAAAUCCAGGCAGUCACAAUUCUGCAAGCUCGAUUAAAAGGGUAUUUGGUGCGAGCGGCACUUAACGCCUCAAAACCUGGUAAAGGAAAAAAAGAAAACCUUCGUGCUUCCAAGAUCCUUUCAGAUAUGUGGCAGAAGAUUGAAGCAGAUGCAGCAAAACAUUCUGCCUUGUUGCUACGAUACAUUAUUGAUCAUUUAGGGGAGGAAGAAGAACUGUACUCCUGUCUGGAGGAUGAAUCGUCAAGAAUUGCCUUCGCUGAUUACUCCGUCUCUUACCAGGACACAAACCAGUCCUGGGCUUUGGUCUUUAGAGAAGUAUUCAUUGUUCCAAAGGAGAUGCUGCUGGUACCGAUCAUCUUCUCUCCAGUUUCUAACUGUUGUCUGCAUGUUGUUAACAAUGACACGGGAGAGGAAAUCGAGAUGGUCAAAGUGCUGCCCCAUGUUUAUAAACCCAAUAAGCGUGGCUAUACAUUUGUUGCAGAGGUGGUUAAACCUGGAUUCCCUGUCAGUGAUAGCAAAUGGAGGAUGCGGUUGAUCGGUUCAAAAGAACCUCUUCCAAAACUGAGCCGUGAAGUUCCUCUCAAUGCGUUCUCAGUGAAGCAAUUCCAAGAUUAUUACAUUCCAAGCGACAAAAAUCUCAUUUGUCGUUACAGUGUUCAGGUGAUGGCAGAUGCUAUGGGCACAAUUCAGUUUGAAACUUCUGACCAAAACGUUUUGAUACACUUGUCUGUUCUGGACAAGGAGGAGGAGAUGGCUGGCAUCACUGGGAGGGGCUUUGUUGUACUACCUGUAUUCUUCUUCAAGGCAAACAAAGGUCAACAGCCAGACUCCAGGAGGGAUAGGCGGCGAAGCUUGGAUAGAUCAAAAGUGUCCUCUAACGCCAUCCCGGAUCAUAAGUAUGUGGUGCAAGCAGAGAUGCUCUGCAAGAGCUGGCAUUUGGAUGAAACCCAGCUGGAUUUUGUCCAUAUGCUACAAGAAAUGAAGAAGAAUGAAAUCAGAGUGUUCAAGCCUGGAGAUGUUAAGUCUUCGUCUAGAAUCGGCCCAUCAAGCCAGAAUGGUACCAAGACUGAAACACAAAAAACGAGCCGAAAAAGUGAAGUUGACAGGCACAGAGGAAAGAGUAGUGUCUCCAUAAAUGUUUCCAAGCAAGAAUCGACCCUGGACCUGACUAAGCCAAAUUACACACUGCGUGUCACCACUGACCAUACCAGCCCAGAGAGUGUUGAAGUAAAGAGAGAUACGGAGAGAAUUGACCAGAUUAAAUCCAUGAAAAAAGCCUGGGAAACGACUGAGCCAGGGCGUUUUGAAAAGGCUUCUCAGUCCCGCCUCCAGUUCCUCAAUCAAGUUAAGCAACUGGAACGUGGUCAUCAUACUUCACCUAAAACUACACUGAGCUCUGAUCAAGUUACCCGGCCCAGUCCACCCAGCAGUGAAAUGACCGCCCCAGCCAUGCCAGAUCUGUACACAAAGUUCAGUCAUUUGUUCAGAUGCCAGAAAGAUGUUCCAGAGCUAUUGGACUCACAAGGAGAGGAGGCCAGGGAGGAGAAGCGUUAUGAAAAGAUCCACAGCUACCGGUUGACCCGUGAAAGCAUAAUGGAGCACUACAGGCAGCACAUGAUUGAACAAUAUGAUCUAAAGAAGCGUCACCUCGAGACGUAUGAGAAAGUGCUGGAGACCAGUGAGAAAGUAUCUGAGGAUUGCAAAGAAUUUUGCAACCGUCUAACGUUGGUAAAGGAGCAAGAAGAGAAACCAGCUCAGGAGGAGGCUGAGAUGGCACCUCCACCCCCUCUUACACCCUCUAAGCAAGGCAAGAAAGGCAAGAAGAAGAAGUAAUCAGUGACUUUGAUCUUCAAUCUCAGUUCACCUCAACGAGUUUGCUGAAGAAUCCUAAUUUUAUUUCUUGUCUGUUCUUUAUGGCACAGUGCCAAACUACAGGUUUGGUUGCACAAUUCAAAGUUGUUUGUCCAUUUAUACUGUUUUAUGACUUUAAACUUUACUUAAACUGCAUUCUGUAGUUGUUUAUGGAUAUUUGUUAUAGCAUCCAGGUGUAGCAAUUUGAUUGUCAUUGGAAAGUGAAUUUAUUUGAAUAAUUCUACUCAAAGAGUGGAACUUUUAUUACACAAAUUAUUAGAACUUCUGUUAAAUCUAGCUAUUAUAGCUUGCAGGUAAUGAAACCCCCCAAAAAUUGUUUAUUAGAAAAUGUAAUUUUGGAAUUCUUUGAUAAAGAAAUGUUGGCCUACUGAGUAUAUGCACCUAAUAUGGGGAUGGAUUUAGCUUUUAUUAGUGCAACAUUGUACCUCAGCAUCAAGGUGUUCAUCCUGUGCCUCUGCUGAGAUAUUGAGGAAGUCCAGGAGACUUUAAUAGUGAUUUUCAACUCAUCUGCAUCGAUGGGUCUGGUGUCUCUCAUUUUCCUUUCUUCCUCCAGACUUCGAGAACCGUAAUUUUUCUGAUGAAUUAGUUUCCAGGUUUUCAUUAGCUGUAAACCUGGAAACAGGUUUACAGGUCUGCAACAACCUGUAACCUGUCUGCAACAACAAAAGAAACUUUUUUUAACAAGACAUGUUUUGCCAGUCUGGAUUGCCCUGUGUUCUCUAGCCUCAUUAGGCUUCUGUAAACUCCAAAGCUGCCCAAUAAUGCUGCUGGUAUUUUACAGACUGCAAUUCUACAGUGCACAGAGACUAGAACACACUAUCUGACUAUCUGAUAGGCUUUAUCCAUCCAAAUUUACCGUCUAAAAUUAUGCUGCAUUUAUGAGUUUCACAUUUUGAGUGGACUUACUGAACUAAAUUAACUUUUCAAUUAUAUUUUUAUUCAUCUGCAAGUUUCUAUUGUAACAACAUAUUUACAUAUUUUUCAGCUUGUAUUUAAUAACUUAGCCUGAAUAAAGUUUAUAAUGCAUAAUUCUAAUGUUUUCCUACCCAAA